AUGAAAAGUGCGCUAUUUAUGUUACCAUUACCCAUUGGUAUUUAUGACAUAUUAUUAGCAACGUCUAAGAGACCACCUCGGAUCAUUCACGACUACGAUUCGGAUGGUGAAAGCUAUGAUUGCGUUUAUACUGGUGAUCGGAAUCCCGUACUACAAGAAUACGAGAAGGCUCUUCCCAUUGAAAGCUCAUCAUGGGAUCGUACUACACCUCCCGUCAUUGUUGCUUAA